AUUCCUUGUGCGUCUAAUCACACUUGGCCAAAAUAAAUAAAUAAAUAAAAAUAAAGAGAAAAAUGCCGGCCCAUGGAAAAUCCAGACCCUUUAAGGCCGAAAGCUUGCAUCCCCAUGGAGGCAUCGCACUCACCUCUGUUGCCACAGCAAAGCUAAGCCGCAUUUCAGAGCUGGCACAACUUCUAAUGAUGAUUAGAGGUUUCGGGAGCAGCCGUGAUCUUUCUUCUCGAGCGGUUCGCAGGACGUGUUUCGACUUGUUGGUGGGCUUGUUGUUUACCGCUCGUCCUCGGCUGCGCAGAAUAAACGCUGCAUCCCAGCGUGUUUUUUUCCUCCGGAGAGACUCUGUGGCUCCAGUCGCGAGUCACACUGCGAAGUGCGCAAACGGUUCCGAGCGCACGAGAAGGACGAGGCCACGGGAGGUCGGCCAGUUGAUCUCCUCUUUCCAGGGCCCUGCAUUAUUAAUGGAAUUGCACACGUGGCCACGUUGUUCUGGUGUCCGGGGAACCUGGGUGUGGAUAUCUAUUGCGGAUUGAACGCCGGUGUCCGAAUUCAGCGAUGCUGAAAGGCCGCGGAAGAGUCAGAGGCAGCCGCAAGGCUGAGUGACACAAUCUGGCAAGGAUGAAGAGCUAUGCGGCUGUUCCCGUAGCCGAUCCGGACAGGUCUUACGACUACAACCCCGCCUGGGAACCGGGGCCCUGCUCGUGUUUUGGUGUCUGCUGCUGCUGCGCCGCCCUGCGCCCGCGAUACAAGCGCCUGGUGGAUAACAUCUUCCCCGAGGACCCCAAAGAUGGCCUGGUCAAAUCGGACAUGGAGAAGCUGACCUUCUACGCGGUCUCUGCCCCAGAGAAGCUGGAUCGGAUUGGCGCCUACUUGGCAGAAAGGCUGAGCCGGGAUGUCAUCCGCCAUCGCUACGGGUACGUCUUCAUUGCAAUGGAGGCCCUGGACCAGCUGCUCAUGGCCUGCCACUCGCAGAGCAUCAAGCCCUUCGUGGAGAGUUUCCUGCACAUGGUGGCCAAACUGCUGGAGUCCGGAGACCCCGAACUGCAAGUCCUAGGAACCAACUCCUUUGUCAAGUUUGCAAACAUUGAGGAAGACACGCCCUCCUAUCACCGCCGCUACGACUUCUUCGUGUCCCGCUUCAGUGCCAUGUGCCACUCCUGCCACGACGAUCCGGAAAUACGGAACGAGAUCCGGAUCGCUGGCAUCAGGGGCAUCCAGGGAGUUGUGCGGAAGACUGUGAAUGAUGAGCUGCGGGCCACCAUCUGGGAGCCUCAGCACAUGGACAAGAUCGUCCCCUCUCUGCUUUUCAACAUGCAGAAGACAGAAGACCCUGAUGGCCGCAUUGGACCACCAGCCUCUCCAUCGGGUGAGAAAGAGGAGAACCCUGCUGUCUUGGCCGAGAAUUGCUUCCGAGAACUGCUGGGCCGUGCCACCUACGGGAACAUGAGCAACGCCGUCAGGCCAGUCUUCGCACAUUUAGGCCACCACAAACUAUGGGACCCAAAUGAAUUUGCCGUCCAUUGCUUUAAGAUCAUCAUGUACUCCAUCCAGGCCCAAUACUCGCACCACGUGAUACAGGAGAUUCUGGCACAUCUGGACAGCUGCAAGCGAGACUCUCCCCGCGUUCGAGCUGGGAUCAUCCAAGUCCUGCUGGAGGCGGUGGCCAUCGCGGCCAAGGGAUCCAUCGGACCUACCGUCCUGGAGGUUUUCAACACCCUGCUGAAGCACCUGAGCCUGAGUGUGGAUUUUGAACUGGGCAACACGAGGGGCAAUCACGGCCACGCUGCCCUCACUGCCCCCUCUAAGGACAACGACGAACGCAUCGUCCAGAAUGCCAUCAUUCAAACCAUCGGUUUCUUCGGAAGCAACUUGCCCGACUACCAGCGGUCAGAGAUCAUGAUGUUCAUCAUGGGGAAAGUCCCUGUCUUUGGGGUGACCUCCCACACCUUGGACACCAGCGAGCUCGGGGAUUUGGGAACCAGGAGGAUUCAGAUCAUGCUUCUGCGGUCAUUGCUGAUGGUGACCUCCGGCUACAACGCGAAGAGCAUCGCCUCGGUCCUCUCGGCGCCCUUCCUGGACCCUCUGCUGUCCACUUCCCUCAUGGAGGACUCCGAGCUGCGGCAGCUGGUCUUGGAGAUCCUACACAAUCUGAUUGACCGGCACGACAACCGAGCGAAGCUUCGAGGGAUACGAAUCAUCCCAGACGUGUCUGAUCUGAAGAUAAAGCGAGACAAAAUUUCCCGGCAAGACGUGAGCUUUAUGAAGAAGCAUGCCCAGCAGCUGUACCGACACGUCUACUUGGGCUGCAAAGAAGAGGACAACGUCCACAAGAAUUUCGAGCUGCUCUACACGUCGCUGGCCCUGAUCACCAUUGAGCUGGCCAAUGAAGAAGUGGUCACCGACCUCAUCCGCCUGGCCAUCGCCCUGCAGGACAUCGCCAUUCUUAACGAGGACAAUUUGCCGAUGUUCAACCGCUGCAGCCUCAUGGGGCUGGUUGCCGCGUACCUCAACUUCCUGAGCCAGAUGAUUGCGAUCCCAGCUUUCUGUCAGCACAUCAGCAAGGUGAUUGAAACCAGAACCGUGGAAGCUCCCUACUUUUUGCCGGAAACCAUCCUUCGAGAUAAGUGCAGCAUUCCCUCGAACUUCGAUAAGGACGAGAAGAGCUUGUUCUUCCUGACUCACAAGAUUGUGGAAUCCUUAGGCGGCAGCGGCUACAGCGUGGAAAGGCUGUCGGUCCCUUACGUGCCGCAGGUGACAGAUGAGGACCGGCUGUCACGAAGGAAGAGUAUCGUGGACACUGUGUCCAUUCAGGUGGACCUCCUUCCUGGAAACGGCGCAGAAGAUAAAGUUAACAGCACAGAGGAAAUUACCUUUGAAGCACUGAAGAAGGCGAUAGAUAAUACCGGCCUUGAAGAGCAGGAGAAGGAGAAGAGGCGCCUGGUCAUUGAGAAGUUUCAGAAAGCCCCCUUUGAAGAGAUCGCAGCACAGUGCGAGACCAAGGCAAACCUCCUCCAUGACCGACUGGCUCAGAUACUGGAGCUCACCAUUCGGCCCCCUCCCAGUCCUUCGGGGACCCUGACCAUCACGGCCGGCUGCCCCCAUUACCAAUCUGUUCCUGUCUAUGAGAUGAAGUUUCCGGAUCUUUGUGUGUAUUGAGGGUCCUCUGCUGGGAAUUAUUUUAGUCUUAGAGCACACACUGUGUAAGGUCCAGAAGGAGUUCCUUGCUCUCUUCACUCUUUGCCGCAAUUUAAUCGAGUUUUCAAAAACGGCCAUGAACAUGAAGGGCAGUUAGGCUGGGAUUGCACCCGAAAUAUCUUUAUUUUGUACACGCUGUUCUCGAAGCUGUUGCGAAGAAAAAUGAAAAACAAUUUAUUUUUGGGCAGCUGGUUUUACGAUUUGGAAAUAAGGGCGUGUCUAGGUUUAUUCUUCCACUUUGUCUAGAAGUGACAAUGCUAACUAUCCAAUUCUGGGCUGGCUCGUUUCCCGUCAAAACCUUUUUCGUAAUGUAAAUCUUGAGCACCUUAAACAAUACGAGGUGGGCACUUUGCUAUCAUUAACUGAAGGAUGAUGCUAAAUAGUAGGCCACGUUGAAAAACUGGCACGUGCCCACAAUGGCUAAUCUGAACCAUAGUUUUGCUUUCUCAAAAUUCUGUGCUUCUGCAAAUAGUUGUCACACGCACUGUUCUGAUAAAAAAAAGCCUCAUUUUGAGCUUUAAAGCCUGCAGUAUUUUUUCACGUCUUAAAAAAAAUGUCUAGUUUAAAGCCCAUACUUUGGGGGAAGUGUAUUUUUGCUGCAGAGCGGUAUAUAGAGGAUAUAAAUAUAUUUAGUAUAGCACAAGAUAUUAAGGGCAUUUUAAAAUGAGAGGGUUUUUAAAAACACAUUUCUGAAAUUGUAAUAGAAGAGUUGGUUAUUCUAUGAACUAUUUCUCUCUGUAAUAUAGCGAUGAUAGUGAUAUUUUAUUAACUGAAAAACAAAAAAUAUGGAUCGCGCCCCUAGGCAACUUAGAAUUUUUAAUGUAAUGUACAUGCUCCUUUUUUUUCAUCUGCCAACUGCCAUUUCCCUGGCUGAGGCCUCCUAGUCAAGAUAUUCCCAUUUUCUGACGCCUUUUCAUUAACACCCAUUGCACAAGGGGGGUGGAUUUUAAAUGUUUAGCCUGUCCCACAAAUAACUUCAAAAGCUCAAUAAACAGCAGGCAAGCUUUGGUAAUUUAACAUGUACUGUAGUUGCCAGCUUGCUGACGGGGGUGACUGAUACGUGUGGCCCGGGGACACAAAUUGGGGAGAAGUCCUAGGGAAUUUAUAUAUUUUUUGAUUUUUUGGCCAGCCUGUUAAAAGAGCCGAACUCUGGACGUGCUCACUGUAACCAAGGCCUUUUUUUCAGUUUGACAGCGCAAUCACAGCUCUUAGAGGAGGACGAAACCGCCUCUCUGGUACAGCAUCCCCCUGUGAUUGCAGCUGCUCCGGCCUGCUCAGACGAGAGGCAGCGCCCCUCGCAGGACGCCCGCGCCCCCCUCCCUUGGCACCCUUAGCUCCCCCUUUUUGGUUUUGGAAGGUAAGCUGUAUGGGCGUCUGAUGUCAUCCGAGGGGCGUCUUCCUGAAGAGCAAAAAGCCAAGGGAAGGCCCCUCUGUCUUUUUCCAAAGUGUGGCUGCUUACGCGCCAGCCCUGAAGGGAAGGCCAAAUGCUCUGCCAUGUUCACCCCAUGCAGUCUGACUGGUCCUGCUGUCCGUCCAGCUGCUUCCCCCACUGCUCUGCAUGCAACAGACGCCUGGCCUUUCAUGCCUCAUCUGCUGGGCUGCCUCCAUCUUUGGUUGUUAUAGUCCACAGUGGAACUGCGACAUUUCCACAACUCUCGUGGCUCUUGUGUAGCGUUUAGCGGGGCGGGGAAAACAUGCAAAAAGAGGACAGGCUGCCUCCUGGGUCUGAAAACAUUCCUCACGCGGUGCAUUAUGCUGGUGGGGAAAAGCGGAAGUCCACGAAGCCAUGUUGCUGAUUCUGUAACAAUCCCUCGCGCUUCAGAAACACCCGAUACAAAGGCCUGCGUACUUGAUCACCCGUGCUCGUGGCCGUGUUGGUGUCGUUCGAAUGUUUUUGUCCCUCGAAAGUCCUGCUGGUAGUUUUAAGUAGGCCAGUCUGUUCCUUAGCAUUUCAGCUGUUCCUUUUGAAAGAAUGUAUAGCUUUCCGUUGGCAUUUUAACGCAAAAAAAUGAAAAUUGCUCUACUGCAGAAGACUGUCGUUAACCACCGAAUUGUCUGUUUCACCGACGCUUCAGUAGAUCGGUAGAUUUCUGCAUACUCUGUAACAAGCUGUUCGGUUAAAUGUAAGAACACUGUGCAAAUCCACUUGUAAGCAAUAAAAUUUACAUAAAGGAAGA